CAACACAAAGCCGUAAGUCAGCAAAUCGGGGCUCAGAUCAGAUGUGUCUUUCUUCUUCUUCUUCCGUAGAGUGACUCUGAACAUCAAAUUCACAACAACAACAACAAAAAAAAAACAAAAGAAAAAUCAUUUUCUCCUUCUUACUUCAUGGUAGCUCACCUCUAAGAGACGAGAACAGCGUCGGUUUAAAGAGUUCUUCUGCGUUUCACUCGCCAUGGCUCAGAAGCCGGCGGAACAGUUGAAUGAGUUCGGAUCGAAACUUGACCUAACUCCUGUUUCGAAAGAUUCGUUGCUCAAACUCUUAAAGGAAUCUGCUGUUUGUCUUUCUGAGUUGGAGCAGUCUCCACCACCUGCAGUGCUCAAUUGCAUUCAGCCUUUCCUUGAUGCAGUUAUUAAACCUGAUAUUCUCAACCAUCAAGACAAGGAUGUCAAGCUUCUGGUUGCAAGCUGCAUUUCUGAGAUUACUCGUAUCACAGCACCUGAAGCGCCUUACACUGAUAAUAUUAUGAAGGAUAUUUUUCAACUGAUUGUGAGUGCUUUUACUGGGUUGAAUGAUGUCAGUGGUCCAUCAUUUGGAAGGAGGGUUGUCAUUUUAGAAACGGUUGCAAAGUACAGGUCAUGUGUUAUGAUGUUGGAUCUUGAAUGUGAUGAUCUGGUGAAACAAGUGUUUACUACAUUUCUUGAUGUUGCUAGAGAUGACCAUCCAGAGAUUGUUUUCUCAUCAAUGCAAAACAUUAUGAUUGUUCUUUUAGAAGAAAGUGAAGAUGUGCAGGAGCAUCUUUUACUAAUUUUACUCUCUAAAUUGGGCCGGAAUAGAAGUGAUGUUACAGAUGCUGCAAGAAGACUUGCUAUGAAAGUCAUAGAGCAGUGUGCGCCCAAAGUUGAAUCUGACAUAAAGCAGUUCCUAAUCUCUUCAAUGUCUGGAGAUAGCCGAUUUUCCAGCAGUCAAAUUGACUACCAUGAGGUUAUCUAUGAUUUGUACCGCUGUGCUCCUCAGGCCCUAUCCGGAGUUGCGCCGUAUCUCACUGGAGAGCUUUUGGCUGAUAAACUGGAUACUCGUUUGAAAGUGGUUGGAUUGGUUGGAGAGUUGUUUUCCUUGCCUGGACGUGUCAUCUCCGAAGAGUUCGGUUCCAUUUUUUCGGAGUUUCUGAAAAGGCUGACCGAUAGGGUUGUUGAAGUUAGGAUGGCCAUCCUUGACCAUAUUAAGAACUGUUUGCUCUCGGACCCUUUGAGAGCUGAGGCUUCUCAAAUUAUAUCUGCUCUCUGUGACCGACUCUUGGAUUAUGAUGAAAACAUCCGCAAACACGGUGUUGCUGUUAUUUGUGAUGUGGCUGUGAGUGCAUUGACGUCGAUUCCAGUUGACACCUUGAAGUUGGUUGCUGAACGGCUUCGAGACAAAGCUAUACUCGUAAAAACAUACACAAUGGAAAGGUUGACUGAGUUGUUCCGGGUAUAUUGCUUACGGUGUGCUGAUGGGAAGGUAGGCACUGGUGAUUUUGAUUGGAUUCCUGGAAAAAUCUUGAGAUGUCUUUAUGACAAAGAUUUCAGAUCAGAUACAAUCGAAUAUAUUCUAUGCAGUUCACUGUUUCCUAGUGGUUUCUCUGUAAGAGAUAAAGUUAAGCAUUGGAUACAAAUCUUUUCUGGGUUUGACAAAGUGGAGACCAAAGCAUUUGAGAAAAUACUGGAGCAAAGACAAAGGAUACAACAAGAAAUGCAAAGAUAUUUGUCAAUCAAGCAGACCCAACAGAGUGCUGAUGCUCCUGAUGUUCAGAAAAAAAUCCUAUUUGGAUUCAGAGUUAUGUCACGUGCAUUUUCCGACCCCCCAAAGACUGAGCAAAACUUUUUAAUUCUUGAUCAACUGAAAGAUGCUAAUAUCUGGAAAAUUUUGACCAAUCUGCUUGAUCCAAACACUGGCAUAAUGCAAGCGUACAGGAUUCGAGAUGAUAUGCUUAAAAUACUCUCUGAGAAGCAUUCUCUCUAUGAAUUCCUCAGCACUCUCUCUAUAAAGUGUUCUUAUCUGCUAUUCAGCAAGGAAUAUGUGAAGGAGAUAUUAGCGGAAGUAUCUGCUAGAAAGUCUUCUAAAAAUGUAUUGGGGAUCCAAUCUUGCAUGGACUUCUUAGGGCUCCUGGCAUCUUUCUGUCCAUCAUUGUUUGAUGGUGCUGAAGAAGAACUGAUAAGUUUCCUGAAAGAUGAUGAUGAAAUGAUAAAGGAGGGUACUCUAAAAAUUCUGGCAAAAGCAGGUGGUACUAUUCGGGAGAAUCUCAUUGUUGUAGCAAGUUCUGUGGACCUUUUACUAGAGAGGAUUUGUGUAGAAGGAAACCGCAAGCAAGCUAAGUAUGCUGUGCACGCACUAGCAUCAAUAACUAAGGAUGAUGGCCUGAAGUCGCUCUCCGUUCUGUACAAGAGACUCGUGGACAUGCUGGAGGACAAGAGACAUCAGCCAGCUGUUCUUCAGUGUCUUGGAUGCAUCGCGCAGAUUGCGAUGCCAGUCUAUGAGACUAGGGAAAGCGAAGUAGUUGAGUUUAUUAGAAGCAAAAUUCUGAAGCUCCAAAGUGAAACUGUAGAUGAUAAAAAAUUAUCAUGGGAUGACAAAAGUGAAAUUUGUCAACUGAAGAUUUAUGGGAUCAAGACGUUGGUUAAGAGCUACUUGCCUUUUAAGGAUGCUCAUCUUCGUGCGGGUGUUGAUGACCUUCUUGGAUUACUAAAAAACAUUCUUUCCUUUGGGGAAGUAUCUGAGGAUCUAGAAUCAAGUUCUGUUGACAAGGCCCAUUUGAGACUUGCUGCUGGAAAGGCAGUCCUCCGCCUUUCUAGACAUUGGGACGAUAGGAUACCUAUAGAGAUCUUUCAUUUAACUUUAAAAACCCCCGAGAUACCAUUUCCGACAGCUAAGAAAAUAUUCCUCGGGAAAAUUCAUCAGUAUGUAAAGGAUCGGGUUUUGGAGACAAAGUAUGCCUGUUCAUUCCUUUUUGAUAUCACUGGAUCAAAUGUUCUCGAAUCAGAAGAGGAGAAACACAACCUAGCUGAUAUAAUACAGCAUUCUUAUCAAACAAAAGUGCGGAAAAUUUCUUCUCAGACUGAUGCAAAUUCAGUUACUCUCCACCCUCAUCAUAUCCUUCCUUAUCUGGUUCACACACUUGCACAUCAUUCUUGUCCUGAUGUUGAGAAUUGCAAAGACGUGAAGGAAUAUGAAAUGAUAUAUCGCCAAUUAUACUUGAUCAUUUCUAUGUUGCUCCAUAAAGAGGAAGACGGGAAGGCUGAAGAUAUUGACAAGGAACAGGAGUUUCACACCAUUAUUUUUAUCUUACAUAGUAUAAAACAGUCAGAAGAUGUCACUGAUGCAACAAAGUCAAAGAACUCACAUGCGAUCUGUGAGCUUGGGCUGUCAAUAAUCAAUCACUUAACUCAGAAAGAUCCUGAUCUACAAGGGGCGAUCACACCUGUACCACUGCCUGCGACGCUUUACAAACUUCCGGAAAAGGUUGAAGGUGACAAGUCUGAGGUAGGUGAGGAGAAAUUGUGGCUAGCUGAUGAGACUGUCCUGGCACACUUCAGGGAUCUCAAGUUGGAGAGUCAUGCUGAUGCAUCUGUGAUACCCCAAACUUCAGAAGAGGAGGUUAUGAUUGAUGGGGAAAGUGAUGGGAAUGAAAUUCCUCUGGGUAAAAUUGUAGAGCGUUUGAGAGCUCAGGGAACCAAGACUAGAAAGGGCAAAAAGAGUAAAUCUGUACCAGCUGAAGAUGAAAAUGGUAAAAAUGAUGUCGAUGUUUUGAAGAUGGUGAGAGAGAUAAAUCUCGAUCACUUGCAAAUGCUGAAUAAAUUUGAAUCCAGUAAUGGACACAAACAUUCCACUGGUGAUGCAACAUCAGUAGUUUCAGUCCCUAAGCGCCGGAGGUCAUCUUCUGGCCAUAGUCCUUUCAAGUUCUCAAAUAGUGGUCCUAAAGUUCCACUGAAAGCUUCUGAGGAAGAGUUGCAUCAAGAGAGAGACAUGGACACAAAUGUCUCUUUGGACUCGCACGACGAAAAUUCAGACCAAGAGAAAAUAUUAGAAAGCAUCUCUCCCCGAAAGAGAAAGAAGAGCUUAUCAUCGAAAUUAAAAUUUACAGAAUCUGAUUGGGCUCACACAGAUCUCGACAUUCAAAGCGAAGGUGGCAACUACAGUGAGAGGAGUAGGUCAGCAGAAAGUGGUGAUAGCAAAUUGAAGUCUGCCUCUGGAUCAAUGAAGAAGCGAAAAAGAAAAAACAUGUCAGGACUGGCUAAGUGCUCUACAAACGAAAGUAAAUUGGCAAAUGACGAACUAAUUGGUUGCAGAAUAGAAGUAUGGUGGCCUAUGGAUAAACGGUUUUAUGAAGGGACAGUAAAAUCUUAUGAUUCCACAAAACAGAGACAUGUGAUACUUUACGAGGAUGGAGAUGUUGAAGUACUGAACCUAGAUAAAGAACGGUGGGAGCUCAUAGACACCGGUGGAAAGCCCGCAAAGAAGUCCAGAACAUCAAAGGGAAGUUCUAAUAAGAAAAGAUCUUCUGAAAGUAAGCCUAAGAAUUCGGAUGGGCUACAGAGGGAUGAAGACCCAAUUACCACUACGCCAAAAGGGAAAAGAACUCCAAAGAGAAACCUAAAACAUGCCGACCCAAAAGGCAAACCAAGAAGUCUCUCUUUAGAACAUGAGAAAUUAGAGAGCAGAAAUAAGAAAAGACGCUCUUCUGCCACGCCAGUAGGUGAAGUUGCUGGUAAGAAAAAAGGAAAAAAAAUGAAUACGGGUUCAGAAGCAGGGAUAGAAUAUAGUGGGGAUGCUGGCGAAGAGAAAUCAGAGUCUGAAGGAAAGUCAUUGAAAGAAGGCGAGGAUGAGGAGGAAGUUGUAAACAAGGAGGAAGUUAUACAGGAUGCAAAAACAGAGUCAAGUGGGGACGCUGAGGGGAAAGAAGCUGAACAUGACAACUCAGAUACUGAAGGGAAACAAGAAAACAAUGAAAUGGAGACUGAGGCUGAAGACGAUGCUGAGACUUCUGACAAUGAGACUCUUGGAGCGUGGAAAAGUAAAGUGGGUAAGUCGAGCUCGAGGAAAGCAACAUAAUGUAGAAGAAAUUCUCGCAAAGGAGUUGCGGUGUUUGUUCUCGAGUAUUGGUGGUGUCUGGAUUGCUGUGGUGUAUAUGUGGUAAAAGUGUGAGAUUUGUAGGGUUAGUGAUACAUACUUGUUCUAACCACCAUGAUGGAAUGAAUAAAUAGGCAGAAGAUGCUCCUCCAGAAGCUUAUGUGGUCAUAUGUAUUGUAGCCUCUGUGUGUGUUUUAUUUGUAGGGUUGUUUUUUUUGUUUCUUUGUUUCUGUAAUAUUUACAACUUACAUUCCUUAACCCAAAGUACACUAUAUUCUCUUAUGGACUUAAUUACUUUGCCACUUUUCUUCACUGUAAACUUCUUUCUUUUA